AUGAGCUGUGAGAUGGUCCCGUGGACCAGCCCUGACAGGGCGUUGUGUGAAUGGUUGAAUAUCCCUGAAGUGGGAGAUCAGGAGGAUCCUGACUGGAACUGGGUGACACUGCUUGAAGUAAUAGGGCUCCCCAACGCCUCUCGAAACGAUGCUGACCGAACUGAUAUAGUCAGCGACUGGUAUCGAGAGGUGGAAGGGAGAUUGAUUUGGGAGAAUGGCUUGGCCAGAGAGAAGAGACAGAGGAAGAGGAGACGAGCUGAUGCAUGGACAUUACUGAGAGACUUCCUCUACAACGGGACAUGCCCGGAGCGCUUGCUGGGAAGCAAUGGAAAGUCUGGAGACCUGACUUUGUUGGAGUUUGUCAGCAUGUUCGUUCCAAGGCGACGCAUAACGGUCGACCACCAGAGAAGACACGAAAAGAAUGGGGCACAGGAGAAGAUACAACGGGACAACGAGAAAAGAAAACCGCAAUUAAACGGAUCCUCGGAUGUAAAUAUCCAACGUGCUGUGGCACUCCGUGGCCUUCCUUUCUACCUCCAUGAAGAUGAUGGCACUUUUAUAAAGACAUGGGAUGGAUCCUCGGAUGUAAAUAUCCAACAUACUGUGGCACUCCGUGGCCUUCCUUUCUACCUCCAUGAAGAUGAUGGCACUUUUAUAAAGACAUGGGAUGUCUCUCAAUCGGAGUUCAAGAUGAGGAAACCCAGCCCGAUUUGUCGCCGAUUGGAUCUUGCUCUGCAGGCUGGAAUCCUGCACAUUUAUCUCUUCUGCUUCCGUUCCACUUUUGCUGGAACCAAUCGCAUCCUGGCUUAUCCAUCAGACGCACCAGGAUCGUGGUCUGAUUGGUUGAAGGACUAUCCAAGCGUACAGAGACAUUUGACCUAUGCAAAUUCAUCACGCCUCUUGUCCAGUCUGCCUCUCGGCCACUGUGCUGAGUAG